AUGAACACGACAGAAGAAGUACGUCAUGAAACCAAGCACUGGGGGACAAACAAAUCACAGAUCACAAUGCUAUCGUAGAUUUCCGUCCGAAACAGCUGAUCCUCAUUUUUGACACUUUUAGAUACAUCACACAUCCACUCGAACACACUGCAAUCGAACAAAGAACAAGGAAGGAGACGGAGGCACUUGCGAGACCACAGAACACACAGUUCUCACGCCCGAAUGGGGGCGUGGCCACACAGAGAACCACUUCUCGCGAGUAUAAAAGGAUCCUUCUGGUGGCAUCGGAACAUCCAUUCACUUCCCUCUUCCGAUUCAAAACAAUGAAAGUAUCUGCCGCCCUCGCCGAGAUCGUCUCCGACUUCUCCGGAUUCCAUCACAUUCACGCUUCCAAGUCUUCUCCGGCUUCUUCUUCCUCCCAUUCUGCCACGUCAUCAUCUUCUUCUCGUCUCAAUAUCACAGUCGGAGUGGUCAUCCAGGGACCAUCCACCACAAUCAGAAGGACCGACAGUCUCUCGAGUAUCGACUCGACCACUUCCAAUGCCUCCUACGUGCUCAUCGAAUAA